GGAAAACCUGGUUUCGAAACAAAAUAAAAUGUCUUACGGGAGUUUAAGUUUGAAAUAUUUAAAAUUCUGAAAUUGUUAGUUGGAUUUUUUAAAUCUAAAGUCUACAAAAAUGCCUAAACGGCCCAAGUUAGAGCGUCAUAAGACGACGUUCCCGAUGUUAAACACGAAGAAACAGCCCCAGUUACUGGACAAACAGAACACGUUCAUUGAUAUGCCGGAACGCCGUAUGUCAUUAUUUCUACACGACGAGGAUAAUUACACAUAUGUAGCCGCCCUUGAAAUCGGGACGUCAUACUCAGGGUAUGCAUAUUGUGAAAGGAAAAACGGGAAAUCCAUCGCCAAAGAUAUAGUGAUGAACCCAGCAUGGUUGCACACAGACAAAACACUCACAAGCCUGCGCACACCCUCUUGUUUACUACUGAACGAGAAAAAAGAGUUCGAGGCGUAUGGAUACGAAGCCGAGAAAUUAUAUUUAGAACUUGUUAGAGAGGGAAGACAAAAUAAAUGGUUUUAUUUCCGUAGAUUCAAACAGAAACUGACCGGAAUACAGGAUUUACGACAGAAUUCCCUGGUAACAGACGAGGGUGGGAGAGCGUUCUCGGCUUUAAGAGUGUUCUCCCUUUCUCUCCGAUAUUUAAAGAGCCAGUUACUGAAUGACCUUUGUUUGCGCGGGAAAGAUGCCAAUGCAGACGAUAUUCGCUGGAUGAUUACAGUACCAGCCUUCUGGUCGGAGUUAUCAAAACAGUUCAUGCGAAAAGCAGCGACCAUGGCUGGGCUUCCAGAUUCUAUGAUAAAACUGGCACUUGAACCAGAAGCUGCGUCAAUAUUCGUACAGAAUAUGCCCUCAAAUAUGUUCUCCAAUGACAAAUUACCCGUGCUCAAAUCCGGCACGAAGUAUGCCCUAGCAGAUAUUGGAGGUGGUAUGACGGACGUAAUUGUGCACGAGAAGCGACGAGAUGGUCUCCGCGAGGUCAGUCGAGGUUUCGGAGAAAAAUUAGGAGGUGGAUCUGUUGACAACAUAUUUGUACAGUUUCUUCACAAAUUACUAGGAGAUGCGAUCGCUGAUGAAUUCGUAAAUAAAUAUAGGAAAGAAUUUCUCAUGAUGAUGCACGAGUUUGAAUACCAGAAGCGCAACGUGACGCCAAUUACCACCAGUUACAUUGACCUCAAGGUGCCGGCAUGUAUCCAGCUCUUGUGCCAGAAACAGCAGUAUAAUGACAAUCUAGCUAAUGUGAUCUUCAGAUCCGUGUACAAAGGACAUGUCAAACUCAUUGGCCAAAGGCUAAGAAUAGACGCUAUUGUAAGCAAUGAAUUUUUCAGGGCAAUAACUGUUGAAAUGGCCAAGAUGAUUGGCCAGACAUUGGCGAGUUUUAAACCUGCAAAAGAUGUUACCAUUCUUGUCUUAACCGGGGCGUUUGCUGAAUCAGAGGUCGUGCAGGAAGUAAUGCAUCAGGAACUUGUCGGGAAGAGUCAAAUCAAACAGAUUAUAGUCCCGCCUGAUUCCGAUGUUGCUGCCCUGAAAGGUGCCGUGAUAUACGGGCAUAAUCCAGCAGCAAUCGCCUGCAGGGUCAACAGAUGCACGCAAGGAAUGCGGAUCGCAAGACUGUUUAACCCGGAAAUGCACGCAGCGUCACGUAGGUCCGUACUGAACGGCAUAGAAUACAUCCUCGAUAUAUUUUCACCUUUCCUCACUAUCGGCACACGGGUACCAGCCGGGUUUAUAUCUCACCAGGCGCUUACAACGACGGAACCACACCAAAAGAAGAUUGAAAUUGAUCUAUAUCAGUCAACGUCACUCUCGCAUAAUUUCGUUACCGACGAGGGUUGUGAAAGCCUCGGAAAAAUCGAAUAUCAAAUCCCUAUUCCGUCGGAGGAAGCAAGAUCUAUCUAUGUAGAUUUCGUGUUAGGGGGAACUGAACUAGAGUUAAUAAUUACUGACAAGAAAACUUCUUUCAAGACAAAGUACUCAUUUCCGGUCUUGAAAGAAAAGUAGUGCGCAACUUAAGCUUUGGGAACGGAUAAUACUAAUGACCAUGUAUGACAGGAUUAAUCAACAAAUGUUGAAUUAAAAUGGAGAUAUUUUGCUUACCAUGCCAUUGUUAAGCUACUGUAUAUAUUGUGAUGCUAGUGACCUUCUAAAAUAAGUAACAAGUUAUAAAAAAAAUAUCAAAUAGCGCAUGUAAAAUAAAUGUUAUUUUCUAUCUGUAUAAUUGCCACAAGUUAGCAUAUUACACUAAAGACUGGAUAAGGCUUGAAUACUGAGGUUUCAGGGUAUAUAUAAGGAAGUUUCAGAAAUGUAAAUACAUGUAUAUUGAAAUUGUAUAAAUAAAAUUAAUGUUAAUUAUGUUUAUGCUGUAUAAAAAAAAUG